AUGCGAUUCCUUCAACUUUUUGCACUAUCUGGUAUCGGACUUCUCCCCAUUGCAUCCGCGGGUCCAAUUGCGUAUGGAAUAUGCCAGACAGGGUGCAACACUGUCGCAGUUGCUUGCUAUGCAGCUGCAGGCCUAACAUUUGGAACAGUAGUGGCCGCUCCUGCGGCUCCAGCCGCCGCUAUCGCAUAUAACGCCGCCCUCGGUACCUGUUCCGCUGCUUGCGCGACAGUGGCGCUUUUAGCGCCCACCCCUUGA